CGUCCAUCUUCUAGCUCGUGUUAUUUUCCCUGUUGGACUGAACGAGGGUUGAUUAUCCCAGCUCAACAACAAACUCCAGUGGGAUGAAGACCAUAGUUUUCUCUCUGUUUGUCUUGGGUGUGUCAUGGGACUGUGUGAGACCUGAAAUCAGUCUCCAGGACCUUAAAGCGGCUGCAGAGGUGUUUAAGGGUGUGUUGCCGUGUGGAAAGUGGGACUGUGAGUGUGCGUUCAGACACCAGAAGGGCUGCUGCUGCGCCGGCCUUGACCUCCACGAACUGGAGGUUAAAAUGUUUCGCAAGAUGAUGACCCUGGUCUCAACAGUGUCCCAGCUGGGAGACAGCAUCUAUGAUGUCAUAGGAUCUAAAAGGGUUGCGUUCACAGUCUUCCUUGGGGCCAAUGUAAAGUGUAUUGGACCUUUUCCCAGGAAUACCACCAUUCCUUAUGAUGUUAUCAUUCUGAAUGACGGAGAUGGAUAUAAACCAGCCCUGGGUGUAUUCACAGCUUCGUGUUCGGGCCUGUACUCCUUCACAUUCACGGUUUACUCCAAAGUGGCCAAGCCCAGUGAGAGGAUGUUCUACAAAGUUCAGCUCGUCAAAAAUGGGGUUGUGGUGGCAUCAACUGUAGAGAACAACAAACAGGAUUCAGAGGACAGCGCCACCCAAGUGGUACUGCUGGUCCUACAGCGGGGAGACCAGGUCUACGUAGAGCUGAAGACCGGCAGGCAGCUUUGUGGGAACAUCCAAGGCCUCAACAUCUUCUCCGGCCACUUGGUUUAUCCAAUCCCAACCUAAUAUUCAUGUCACCUUCACUGUCUUUCCACUGCCAAGCUCAUGUGUUUUACCUUAAACUUGAUUUUCAUAGUAAUCCAAUCAUUCACUUCAUA